UGGGCAACCCCCAGACUGACUCAUACACCCAUGGGAGUUUGAAGUGACAGAAUAAAUCUACAGAGACGAGGCUCGGGAUAACAUUUCAUAAAGCUGAGAGCAGAGCUGAGACCUCAGGAGAGACACACACAGCAUCCACAUAAAGACAUAAAGUUGGAGUCAUUGUCAUGUUUGUGGUCUUACUGAUCCUGCAUGCCAUCUCGGGUGCCCAUUCUCACGGGCCACCGCCUGUGAAACAGUGCCCGUCUGCGUGCCAGUGCGAGGAGGAUGGCAUCUUACUGCUUGUGGACUGCUCUGAACAAGGAUUAUCAUCCGUGCCAAGUGACCUGAGUCCUUUUACAUCCUACCUGGAUCUCAGCAUGAACAACAUCAGCGAGAUCCAGCCCAAUGGUUUCCGCAAUCUACACUUCCUCAAUGAACUGAGGCUUUCGGGCAACCACCUGAGACACAUCCCUGGCUCCGCGCUUCAAGGCCUCUACAAUCUCAAAGUCCUGAUGUUGCAGAAUAACCAGUUAGAGAGACUGCCCGGAGAAGACCAUUGGGAAUUACCCAAUUUACUUUCUCUGCGUCUGGAUGCCAACCUGAUCACGGAGGUCCCUGCAAGGACCUUCUCGGGCAUGCGCUCACUGCGCCACCUCUGGCUCGAUGACAACGCCCUAAAAGAGAUCCCAGUGAGCGCACUCAAUGAUCUCUCAUCACUGCAGGCCAUGACCCUCGCCCUAAACCGCAUCACCCACAUCCCAGACUUCGCCUUCAGGAACCUAUCCAACCUAGUUGUGCUGCAUCUUCACAACAACAUGAUCCAGACUCUCGGACAAAACAGCUUUGAGGGACUACACAGCCUAGAGACUCUGGAACUGAAUUUCAAUGACCUUCAAGAGUUCCCUAUGGCUAUUCGCACGCUGGCUAAACUUCAGGAACUGGGUUUCCACAACAACAACAUCAAGGCCAUUCCUGAGAGAGCGUUUGUUGGGAACCCGCUUCUGCAGACCAUUCAUUUCUAUGAGAAUCCCAUCCAGUUUGUCGGCAGAUCAGCAUUUCAGUUCUUGCCCAAGUUACACACUCUCUCUUUGAACGGGGCCACUGAGAUCCGACAGUUUCCAGAUUUGAAAGGAACCACCAGCCUGCAAGUCCUCACGUUGACCCGAGCUGGACUGACAGGCCUGCCAUAUGACCUCUGCCACCUGCUUCCUAAAUUAAGAGUUCUUGAGCUGUCUCAUAAUGUGAUCGAAGAGCUGCCCAGUUUCUACCACUGCGCUUCUCUACAGGAGAUAGGCCUACAGCACAAUCUGAUCAAACAGAUUGAGAUGAACACAUUCCAACAACUCAACAGCUUACGCUCACUGGAUCUGAGUUGGAACAGGAUCGAAACAAUCCACCCGGAUGCCUUUUCCUCCCUGCAGUCUCUUGUUAAACUGGACCUGACCGGUAAUAGGUUGACCAGUCUCCCACUAGCCGGGCUAACCAGCCUCACUCACCUAAAGCUGAAGAGCAACAUGGCACUCUCUCAUACAUUCAGAGAAGAGGACUUCCCCAACAUAAGGGUCGUAGAGAUGCCAUAUGCCUAUCAGUGCUGUGUAUUUGGAGCCUGCAGCAGUUACAAAGCAGCCAGUCAGGGGGAAGAGCAGAUGGGCAGUGAGGAGGAGGAUCUUCAGAAGAAAGCUUUGUCUCCGUUCCCCAUUCACACCGACAACAACUAUGACCUUGAUCUGGAGGAAUUCCAGUUGGCUAUUGAGGAGUCCAAACUACAAACCAGCAUACAGUGUAGCCCUAUCCCAGGUCCAUUUAAACCAUGUGAUAACCUGUUUGAUAGUUGGGUGGUACGCCUCGGGAUGUGGCUCAUCUCUCUAGUCUCGUUGAUGGGAAACAGUCUUCUGCUUUUGACAGUGUUUGCCUCUCCCAGCUAUCUCUCACCCGUCAAGUUCAUCAUCGGCAGCAUCAGCAGCACCAACCUGCUGACGGGCCUGUGCACCGGUACCCUGGCGCUAGUUGAUGCUCGGACAUUUGGGGAGUUCGCCCUGAACGGUGCUCAAUGGGAAAUGGGUGCUGGUUGCCAGGCAACAGGCUUUCUUUCAGUGCUUGCCUCAGAAGGCUCCAUACUCUUCCUCACCUUAGCCGCAGUGCAGUGCAGCGUGUCAGUGUCGUGUGCCCGAGCCUAUGGAAAGUCACCCUCUCUGGCAAGCGUGCGCGCUGCUGCAGUAGCAUGUUUAGCACUUUCCCUCGCAGUUGCUGCUUUGCCCUUAAUAGGGGUUGGGGAGUAUGGGGCAACCCCCCUCUGCAUGCCAUCACCACUGCCAGAUGGAGUGCCCUCCACACUGGGCUUUAUGGUGGCCCUGAUCAUGAUGAAUUCCCUGUGCUUCUUAGUGAUCACCGGAACGUAUAUCAAGUUGUACUGGGACCUGAUGAAAGGUGACUUUGACAGCAUUUGGGAUUGCGCUAUGAUCAAACAUGUGGCCUGGCUCAUCUUCACCAACUGCCUGCUCUAUUGCCCAGUGGCCUUCCUCAGCUUCUCCUCUCUUCUGGGACUCUUUCCUGUAAGCGAGGAGGUUGUCAAAUCAGUUGUCCUUGUGCUUCUCCCUCUGCCGGCCAGCAUCAACCCUUUGCUCUACCUAUUCUUCAAUCCACACUUCCGUGAAGAUGCGCGUCUCCUCUGGAGCAGAGCUUACCUACGCCACGACCGCAACCUGGAUUCCUUUGUCUCUGUUGACACAGAAAAGAGCUCGUAUGACUCCACACAAGCUCUGGUGUCUUUUGCCGGAGAAGCAGAGUUUGAGGGUUCAUCAGCACCAACCCAAGACACAGCCACUCGAUUUUCUUGCCCACCAUCAGUGCAGCUCAUCCCAUGCCAGCUGCAGACGCAACCCUCAACGGAUAGGGAAAAUGUUGGAGAGAACAUGGCCAGGUCUACACCAGGACUAAGUGCAAAAGAGCAAGAAUUUCAGAGAAGCAGUGGACUUGGCACUAAUAAUGGAAGCCUUCUCUCUGGAGUCUACCACUCCCCACUUCUCUCAUCUCAUCCUUAAACCGUCUUCGAAUAUCUUGAGUUUUCAAGGACCCUUUCAGUGUGAGAAAUCUUGAGCUCACGUAUGAACUUACCCCUGAAACCAUCAGAGCUUAUGAACAAUGAACUACAUUGGAUUUGGGAAAAAUGUACCUAUACUUAAAGUCCCAAUUGCUACAUGACAUUCUAAAAAAAGGGAAACAAAUUCCUUUUUGCAUAUUGUGACACGAUCUCAUGGGCCUUUAAAUAAUUUAUGCAACAAACUGAAAUGUACAAAAACUAAACAGCUUUGUAUUUUAUUUUUUGAAACUUUUGUUUGUGUGAUACAGGUAUUACAGAGUACAGAUGAAUCUUAGGGAAUGUUUGCACGACAACAAUAGUACAAAAAUGGACUUUUAAAAAAGUAACUGUAAAACAAUCCACGUUCACAUGGAUCAGAGAAAACAACUAAAAACACGGUAUUACGUGUGCCAGUCCAGUAGGUGGCGAUGUUAUUUUGUAAAGAAACUCCACACGCCUCACACAUACGCUUUCUUAUAGAGAGCGAUAAAUACGAACAAUUAAGACAGUGAAAGUAUUUUGAAAUUUUGUUUAGACAGUAGGGUGACCAUACGUGCCAUUUUCCCGGGACACGUCCAGGCCAGGAUUUCGGGUGCGUCUUCUGGAAGUCGUAUUUGUUGAACGCAUACGUCAUCGAGGUUAUAAGAUUUCAGUUAAAAACCAUACAAUCAUUGUAGUUUUUUAUUCUUAACUUGAAAUAUAAUAGUUGAAUGGAACCUGAAAUAAUGACGUUUACUGCCCUUGUACUGGAGAAGCGUUAAUAAACUUGAGCAGCACAUGUAGGCCGCCAUUGUUGUUAUGUUUGUAAAGUACUCCGCUAUCGCUGUAGACUAAACACGUAAUACAAAUGAACCGUUUUUACAGAUUUACGUUGUUGCCGUUUACACAGAAAUAAUAUCGCCUUUGUUUUUUCAAAAACAUGCACUUUGAAAACAAUUUUCAAAAGUUUGCAUUUAGGACCCCAAACUGUAAACAGAUGUAAACAAACACCCAAGAGUGUUCAGUUUUUGGUUGAAAACGUUGUCGUGUAGACUACCCCAAUGUUUCUCAAUUGCAGUCCUCGCGCCCCCUCCCAUGUUUUUGAAAGUCUCCCUAUAUAAAAACAUUCUGAUUUGACUUCAGUGGGACUGUGUAUACCAAUCGGUAUGUGACAUCAUAGGACCGUGAGAGGAAUUCGAAUCAUUCUUGCAGUAAUGUGAUGUCACACGCUGAUUUAUCUGUGCAACGCCACAUUAAGUCAAGCAAGCUGUUUAUGGGAAAGACCCGAUGACUUGAAUCAGGCGUGUUUUAGAUUGUGAGACACCCAAAACAUUCUGGAAGGGGAGGGGUGAGGAUUGGAUUUGAGAAACACUGCCUUAAAAUGUGCUGGGAUUAAUACAAAUUGAGCUUUAUUGACAAUGUGGUAUGCAUUUGAUUACCACAUGCAUUCAUUUAACUAAGUUGGGCUUAAAAUGUGUGUUCAUACACAAUGUUAAUCUCCUUGAACAGUACACUCAUCGAUUAAAAAAACAUAUAUUUGUAUGUAACAAUCAUUAUCAAUUUACUAUCAGCGCUUCAAGCUGCAAAUAAGCUGGAAGUUCUCCUUUAAAGGCUUUUAUUUUAAGUACAUUCCUAUAGUCUACGGUUACUGAUGUUUUUUUUUACAAACU